UUUGGCGAGAAAUACGGCGAGACACUGUCUCCGAAAAUUUUGUGUCUUAUCCGUAAUUACACAGAAAUAUUUUAACAAUAAGUAGUAAUUGUUUAAGACAACCCAGCCAUGGCGACUGAAGGGGGUGGCAAGAUUAAACCUAAACGCAGCCACUCGACUUCAAAGCCAUACGAAAGACGAAAGUCACUCUUGGGUAAGGUGACGGAUACUGUAAAAGAUUUGCUUGCUCCAUCAUGGUUGACGGAUUUUGUAUCAACUGUGUCAAAGAAGACUCCUCCCAAAGACAAGAAGGAUGCUUUUAUAGAGGAAGAGGAAGAUGUGUUCAUGGAAUUAAGGAAACAUUUUGAAGGAUUUUGGCAAUUAGCCCUGCUCAGUCAGCCAUCACAGCUGAACAAUGUAAGGAAACCUCCUCGCAUGCAGCAGCAGCAGGAACGUGACAAGCGCAAUGCAGUGCCUGCACCCCGGUCUGCAACUGCCACAGCUGCAACUCACCUGGACCCUGCCGUCCCAUCAACAUCCCUGGCGCCACCUCAGCCAUCAUUCAGCUCAUCACAUCUGCCUUUCUCAAAGUUUACCCAGCAAAAAUCAAGAAUCCCAAAUGAUGACACCAUGUCAGAACGAAGUGAUGUGUCUCGAUCCACAAGCGGGUGUUCGUCCAUGAUUCCUCACCCGGACAAGCAAGCCUAUCAGAGGGAGAUCCUUCAGCUGAAUGAUUCUGCUCUAGACAUGUUGAAAACAGACUUUCAAACAGCUGAAGUUUUUCAGCCUCCAAGGGGUGGUCAAGCUGCACAGAAAGAUAUGCCGGCACAGAGGUCUCAGCCUAUUGCCCCAAAGAUGUUUGAGACAUUUGUCAAUCCACCGAAGACAUGGACUGCAGAAGCAUCAUCAUCCCGCCAAGGGCGUCCUUUGGCCCCGGCUGUCAGGGAGAAACCAGGCUUCAACACUUCACUAUUUGGUUCCCCUGUUCUGAACCAGUCCUCAUCUAUACUGGGUGAAAGCUUUGGGGAGUCAUCCUUCUAUUCUGGCAAGACAACAUAUGGAGGUGCAUCAGCCUACAGAAAACUCAACUCCACAGCUCCCUACCAGACUGCACUGCCAAUUCGUAAACAACUGAAACCAAAGCCUCUCAACAACAGCUUCAAUGCAGUGACUAGUUCCACUGCCAGACGAAUCCUGGAAACACUGGAGCGAAUGUCUACACCCCUCUCAGAUGCAAAAAAGAUCCCUGCCAGUGAAUCUUUCCUGACUGAUUCUGUGUUGUCAUUCACACCUGGCAGUUACAGAAGACGAUCCUUACGUCCACUCACUGGUGUCGGGGCAACAAGGAGGUCACUAGAUGUACCUAAGGGCCCCCCUACCAGUCAACUGAAGACUCCUUCCAUCGCGUCUAUUUCCAAGAAUCGCCAGAAGCUCUUGUCGUCCACGCCAACGUCCUCUCGGAUACCGGAACCAAAGAUAAAGAAUCAGGACAGUGGUGAGGAAGAUGAGGACAGCAGUCAUGAGGAUGAGCCGGUUGUGAUAGAUGACUGGCCUGGAGGUGGAGGAGGCAAAGGGGGCAAGAUGAUGAGGGAGAAGAGCUAUCGUUCCUCCGCUAGACGGAAACCGGGAGAAGACGAGGAAGAAGAGGUUGAGCCUCCACCACUCAAGACAGACUUCACCCUACCUGUAAUGAGUAUGCCUGCAUUCAACUUCAAGCCAACACCGGGUUUGGCGAAGAAAGAUAAGACUGUGUCGCGACCUGUGGAGGGGGACAAGGCUGCCAACCUCAAGUUCACAUUUUCAACCCCAAUACAGAAGAGUGGGCCUUCAGGUUCAACGACUUCUGAAAGGGCAGAGGGUUUCAAGUUCAGUUCCCCUCUCAAAGUCACAGACAAAGAGUCCUUGCCUAAAUCAUCCACAUUCACUGCCAUUGGUGGUAGUCAACCAGCUUUUAAACCAUUGCUGAAUUCCUCAGUCACUGCACCUGUCUGCAAGCUAGGAAAUGGAGGUAUUGGCAUGAACAUGAAGCCUCCAGUGAGCAGUGGACAGGCUUUUAAACCUGCUGAAGUUCUGAAGAAGGGGAGCGUGAUGGAUGUAUUAGGUGGAGGUGCUUUCAAGCCUUCCUCAGAUCUGAAACAAGGGAGUGUGAUGGACGUUCUUGGGAAAGAUGGUCCCAAGUCUACUGGAGUAGCAAGCCAGUUGAAGUCUGGCAGUGUUAUGGACAUUCUGGGGAAAACUUCCAAUGAUACUAGUUCUUCACCAUCAGGGUUUAAACCUGCACUGCAACUGAAAGAGGGGAGUGUCAUGGACAUCUUAGGCAAGGGAAAAGACAAAACUCCAGUUUCAAGUAACCCUAUGACCAAGUUCUGCAAAAAGCCAGGGGAAUGGGAUUGCGACACCUGUCUUGUACAGAAUAAGUCUGAGGCCACUAAAUGUGUCGCAUGUGGAACUUCCAAGCCGGGGUCGGGGCCGAAACCACCUUCCAUCAGAAAAGGAUCUCUGAGUUCUGGCCAGCCAAGCCUGUCGUCCAUGUUCAAACCUUCCGCUGGAAGUUGGGACUGUGGCACAUGCAUGAUUCAGAAUAAGCCAGAGGAUACCAAAUGUGUGGCCUGCAGUACUCCCAAGCCUGGAGCUGCAGCAACAGGUACCGGAUCUCUGAGUUCUGGCCAGCCAAGUCUGGCAUCCAUGUUCAAGUCGUCGGCUGGAAGUUGGGACUGUGGCACAUGCAUGAUUCAGAACAAGCCAGAGGACACGAAGUGUGUGGCCUGUAAAACUCCUAAACCUGGAGCUUCAACAACAGGUAAAGAAACAGGAUCUCUGAGUUCUGGCCAGCCAAGUCUGGCGUCCAUGUUCAAGUCGUCUGCUGGAAGUUGGGACUGUGACACGUGCAUGAUUCAGAACAAGCCAGAGGACACCAAGUGUGUGGCCUGCAGUACUCCCAAACCUGGAGCUGCAGCGACAGGUACACCGGAGACAAAGACAAGCAGUACAAUCAGUGCAUCUGGAUUCCAAAUCAGUGGAACUCUGUUUGGCAGUGGAACAGCUUCGAGUGGAGGAGGGUUUGGUGGCUUUGGCAAGUCAGCUUCAUCCAUUGGAGGCUUCAGCAUGGGAUCGACAGAUUCAAAGAAUGCUGGUUCGGAAGGUGGAUUUAAAAUUGGUUCUGGCUUUAGUUUUGGGUCCACUAAGGGAAGUGACUUGAAAUCUCCAUCUAGUGACAGUGGAGCUAAAGAUGGAGGAAGUUCUAAUAAAGGUGAUUCAAAUAAUGUAUCAAAUGUACUUAGCUCUCAAAAAACUUCUAGUAUAUCAGGUGGCUUUCAAUUUGGAACCGUCAUUAAGAAUCCAGUUCAAGAAUUGGAAGGCAUUGUGAACAGUUCUUUCAAAUCCAGCACAGAGACCCAAGUGUCUGAAUCUAAAUCGUCAGGGUUUGGAUUUGGUGUGUCAGCAUCUGAGGCCAGUAAAACAAGUGCUUCUAGUGAACCUAGUGGAACAGACUCAUCCAAUGGAAAAUUAGCCUUUGGACAAAAAUCAGACUCUACUGCAGAGAAAAAGAAUGAUAAUAUAUUUGGUUCAGUGAAUUCCCUGAGCGGUGGAACAGGUUUUAGUUUUGGUCAGAGUGGAGCCACAUCAGUUGCUUCUUCACCUGGGGGAUUCUCGUUUGGAGCAACGGCAGCCGCCACAACGGCUACAUCUAACACAACAUCUAAAGGAAUUGCAUCCAGUGGGUUUUCCUUCGGACAAGACAAGACCGACAGUAAGCCUGUGUUUGGCACUACUCAAUCUGCUGCUACGGAAGGUAGCAAGUCAGCUGCUGCUGCCACCACGAACAGCUCCCUGUUUACAUUCGGUCAACCAGUCGCUGGCGGCAACACAGACAACAACAAACCUCUGGGAGUGGGUGGGGGAUUCCCCUUUACUGCCAACACAGACACAUCAACAGCAGCAGCAGCAGCAGCCCCGAAACGAGGACGGGAUGAGGAGACUGGAGCUCCUGUAGCCAAAAAGUCCUUCUCGUUCGGGCAGUCCACAAACUCUACCUCAACAGGUGGCUUCAGCUUCGGUGCGUCAGCAUCUGCGACAACUGCCAGUGGCGUCUUUACCUUCGGUGCCAGCUCCACCAGCAGUGCAUCAACUGCGGCAGGGACAGGGACGACAACUUCAACUCCAUCAUUCUCAUUUGGAGCUGCCCAGCCAGCACCUCCUGCAAACACACCUUUCCAGUUCUCCGCUCAAACAGCAUCCUCCGGAACCAACUCAGUAUUCCAGUUCGGGAGCAACUCCGCUGGACCACAGACAGGGUUUUCAUUCGGUUCCUCAACCCCGGUAACAACUGCAGCACCGUUCGGCACAACCAACACGCUUCCUCAGCCAGCAUUUGGCAACACCGCCAACAGCACCCCUCAGACCGGAGCCCAGGGUGGGGGUAUGUUCAGUAACUCUACGUCGGUGUUUGGAGCCAACAAUAGUGCCACGCCAGUGCCUGCAUUCGGAGCUGCAGAUCAGAACGCCAACUCAGGAGGUUUCUCAUUCAAGAUGGCAGGCACAAACAACCAAAGUUCCAGCACUCUUAACUCUCAGCCCAGCUUCAACUUUGGGGGAGGAGGAAGUGGAGGGGUGUUCCAGUUCACUGCUAAAGGGAAUGAGACAUCUGCCGGAGCACCAGCCCAGGGAUCCACAUCGUCAGGGUUUUCCUUUGGUGGUACCCAACAGCCUCAACCGGCAGCCCCUGCCCCAACCUUCAACUCCACCAACACCAUGAGCUUUACAGGUGGCAACACUCCCAGCUUCACCAUCGGGAGCACUCCAGAACCGGGGGAGAAGAAUCAAACGUGCAGUAAGGAAAAUCCGGAAAUAGAAAGGAUAUUGCUGUACAGUCUCACAUUGGGUGUAAGCUCUUCCCACCCUGAUGAAGAACUGGGUGGAUGAGUCUCAGAAAUGCCAUUGUUAAAUGUGUCACUUAUUGUGACACGCAUAACCUCUCUGUUGAAAGGAAGAGAGGGAGGGUGGAAUUCAUCAUUCACACAACUUGUGUGUAAGGGAACCUUCCAUUGCAGGGAAGAAAUUUAGUAAUGAAGACUAAUCAAGUGAACAGAAUGGGUGUUCAAGGUUCAGACCAUCAUCAGGAAGAGGAAGAUACAUUGAAGAUGGAGAGUAGUAUUGUUUUUCACUAUUUAUUUGGACCAUGCAGAAUCUUGGGAGAAGACCACUUGCAUAAUGCAGACCCAAAGUGUGGUUGUCAUGAAGAAAACUUGACCAUUUGGGCAUUAUCAGGCAGUUUAUAGUCUCCUUCUUUAUGUACAAACACAUUGCAUUGAGUCGCUGCAAAUUUCCAUGUGUUAAAACAUGCUGGCUUACAGGCAGCACUUGCUUGAUUUUUGUGUGUGCUCUAAGGGACAUCGAUAACCCUUAACCAAAUGCCCUGGAUUCAGUUAGACGGUUUAUAAUGCCUGGAAACUCUGCUAAAAGGUUUUUCACUCGUCAGGUUAUUUAAUUACCUUGGCAUUGAUGGAUCUGGAGCCCCUGCAUCAAUAGCAUCAGUGGUGAGACAGAAGAGGACCUUGAGCCAUGUUGAUGUGCAAUUUUGCCUUCAUGUUGAGUAGCCAGUUCACACACUUUUUUGAUCCUCAAAUGAACUUGUAUUAUCUGGUCAGUGAUUCAAGACAUUUUGUUGGCAAGCAUUUUGCCAUUAUUUGUGUCAGAUUUGGAAUUAUUUGUGAAUCAACAAAACUUUUGACCUGGCCCAGUGCCUUUUUGAAAGACUUCAAAAGUCGAGGGAGGAGAACAGUGAUGGACGGAAGUCUCGGAGAGAUGGACAUUUGUUUUCUUAUAUAUAACUGCAGUUUUACCCUUUUCACGGGUGUGAAUUGCGUAUCGUGUAUGUGGUUGUCCUGUAUUGUUAUUUUGAACUUAAACGAACAUAAGGUUGGAUCUGUUUAUUCCAUUAAAAGAGUCUUCCGGAUAUUAUGACUUGAAAACAGUGGUCAGAAAUCAUCAGGAAUGAUUGACUUAGAAUGAUUUCCCAGUCCAGUUUUAUCACAGAAAAACUGCUGAUGAUGCGAUUGAGUUGCAAGCAUUACAAAUUGGCCAUGCCUCAUCCCAGUGGGUUUGUCGUCUAUAUCUUUGUAUAUCAAGGGCAACCAAGUUUUCUUGGUGAUCACAAUGUUAGUGCUGUAUCAGAUUGCCAGAAUGAAGUAUUGUGAGGCUUUACAGGUUACUCCUUUAACCCUUUGUUUUUAUACAGGUAACCUAAAAUGUUUCAGAUAUUUAAAAAAAAAAGAACAAAUGCAUUUUCAAAACAUUGGAUUCUAUAUAUAUUUUUUAUAUACUUUGAGAUUGAGAUAGUGAUAAGUGAUUCAAUAAUAGAAUGUAUUUUAAGUUUAUUUAAGUUUAAUGAUAGUGUAACAUGAAAAUGAUUAGACAGUAGGACUUUUAUGAAAUAACUUCAGCUGUAUCUCGUUUUCUUGCCAAUGAUCAAAACUAUUGCCAGGAUGUGUAAGUGUUUAACAAGGUAUAUCUCAAAUGCCAUAAAGCGUUCUGCUGUAUAAUUAAUCUUAAAACACAGGGUUUCUACAUAUCAAGCCCUUUUAUUGUAUUCUUUCGAAUUACCUAACUUUUCAAGCUCAUAAUCUCAGACUCUAUUCAAGUGUUGACAAAUACGAGGAAAUGAUAAGCAAAAUAUAUUUGUUCAGAGUUGGUACAGCGAUACAGUCCAGCAUCACAGUCCAUCAUUCCGGUGGAUAAGCCACUGUACACACCGGUCUGUCAUUCUGGUGCUGAUGAGGUUCGCUGGUGAAGGUACAUACAAGAAAUGAUCAUUAAUUUACUGUUACAUAUAACUGUUAAAUAUUAAUGUUUUACCAAAAGAGGGUUUAUUUGUUAAGGGUGUUGAUCAUCAGAAAACGAAAUACCACAAAAGUACAUCUUGAAACUUUAUAUUGGGUGUACAAUGAAGGAGAAGAAAUAGUUCAUGAAGGAUCAGUUUUUUUGUAUGAUAUCAGCAAUGCUGGAGGCUAUCAGGUAGAUGUGGUGGUGAUGUUUGACUUGGUGUUAUUGGUGUGUCCAUGUGUAUGAGGUGCACAAAUGUUAAACAUUGUUAUGUGUUACGUCACAGUAGUGAGCUUGACCCUCCAGGUAGCCCUCCAAUCUGUUAAUUACUAAUGUUAUCAGGUGCUACUGUCAUCAAGUAAGCUGUGCAGAGAUAGGGUUGUAUAGUGGUUAAUAUGUCCUGUUUCUAAGGUGAUAUAGAUCCUUUUAGUGGUUUUGGAACAAACAAAAUUCUAGUUUUGUUCUGAGCAAUUUCCCUUAGUUUGAAGGAUUCCAGCUGCCUGUCUUAUUCAAAGCUUGUUCGAAGAAAUCUAUCAGUAUUCUGACAACCUGGUCUUUUGUAUACACGUUGGGCAUUUGAUAUAGAAAUCAAAAUCUGGUUAUUAGAUCUGUUCCAAUAUGCAAUUAGGGUUGUUGUUUUUCUGUAAGUAUGUCUUGAGUUUUGUGACAGUUUUUAGGCCAAUCUUUUCAGGCAUUCUAGAAAAUUGAAAAUUGCAAAAAUUUCAUUUAUAUACACCAAAUUUGGAAUGUUCUUCAUAUUGAGCAUAGAUAUUAAUAUAAUACAAGAUAUUAGUGUGUUUUUUAUAGUUCUUGACUUAUUUGAAGACAACACUUUAUCAUUUGACCAUAUUUCUGAAUGAAACAUUCAAAUCCAUUUUGAAAAGUCGAGUAUGUCAAGAAUUGUGGCAUUAAGAGUUUAUCCAAACUGUGUAUUCUUUUCCUAAAUGUAAUAUUCGGGUUCUGGGUAUACUAAUUUAAAUACAAAAAUUCUGGUUGGAUCUCUAGGAAUCUUGUUUUAUUGGAAAACUGUAGCUCCAUGGUUUGGUUAUAUUCCCGGUUAUGUGAUUGAUUUGAGUUGCUGGAGAUGUCUCGAAACCCUUCUCAGUGCAGUAGGAAAUCUUACUGGAUGAUUAGAGCACUACUAAAUUCUAGUCCUGUCAGUCAUUGGCAGCCCGGUGAGGGUCCAGGUCAUUACACAUUUACAAUAUUUUGUACAUCUUGUAAAUUUCAAAUUUUUAUUAUCGAUUGAACUUGGGAGCAUGAAGACUAUUUCAGGUGAAUGAAUAUCUUGUUUGUUAUUUGGAAGUGUACAUUUUCCAUGCAGGAAUGAAGUGUUUUAUAAAAGAAGUUUCACAAAAAGUCCAUUAAUAUUAACCUCAAUCUGAUUGUGAUCAUGGUCUCAAAUUGUCCACUUGGGAUGAUAAUGUAUAUAUAAAUUUGUGUUGUGUAUGUCCACACUCAGUUUGCUUGUCAUUGUAAAUACUCCAUAGUACUGCUCCCACUAUCAUUCGGUAAGCUUUCAUUGAAUUUCGUAAGCAGGUGCUCAACAAGAUUGUAAUUCACAAUUUUUUCCAUUUCCAUUGAUCAUUACGAUAUUGUACAGUGUAGUUUCAACUUGAUCUGUAUGAAGGGCUUGCACCAGGCCAUAUAUCAUCAUAUGUGUAAGGCAGGGAAUCAGACAAGGGUUGAUGACAACUCACCCAAUUGUUUUGUUAGUUCAUUUCAUUCCAUAUUUUGCCACGUAUGACAAUCCAAUGUGCCAAAUAAUCUGAAUUUAGAUUAUUUUAUCUUCAGAACCAAAAAACAAAUUCAGUUGCAUCAAUAUUUCAGUAUGCGUGUGUUUUCAUAACUGACUGAUGUAAACAAAAUGUACAUAGAUAUACUGCCAUAUUAAGGAAGAAAUACUUGGAAAUGCUAAUUACUACAGUGUUAAUGGUUCCUAGUGCAUGAUAUAUCAGUUUAAUCAAUAUCUCCAAUAAGUUGCACCUUUUAGAAAAGCUACGUUUUUUAUACCAAUAUGUUUAUGUUGAACAUCAUGACUGUUUUAUCCCAGUGUACUUCUAGCCGAUCAUUCUUGUCACUUAAUGAUACAAGCCUGGUUCGAGUUCUCUGCCAAUUUGUCAUGUCUUUGCUUUUGUUGGUGUAAAUAUAAGAAAAUCGAAGGACAACUAUCAAACAGAGACUGAACAAACUGUGAUACCGUUUUGUUUUUUUUUUCUGUUUAAUUUUUUUGUGGCUCACAAUGCUAGCAGUCUCGGCAGAAUUUCACAGACUCGAAGCCCUCGUGUAUUGAGCUGGGCAAGGAGUAGAAUCGUGUGGCUACAUUAGCCAUUUACUUAGGGAAAAUCAUUGGGAGAAGGCUGUUUCUCCUCAAAAAAUCAAAUGUAAAUUUGUUAUACAUAAAUUGUUGACUUUGGGCAAGAUAGGAGUGUGAAAGGAUGACUUUGAAAUUUGCGAGAGAAAGAGAUUGUUUCUGAAAAAUAUUCUAUUUGUGAGAAAGUUGAACAUUGAACGAAAAGUGCUGUGAAAUUCUGCAUUUGUAAAUAUCUCCAUAACGGUGAAUGGUGUAUGAGUUAAUUUGGUAUAUGCAUUUGUCACGCGGAAAUAAAUCUUGAGUUGACCCCUUGAAAA